GUCUGAGCUAGCUCCCGAGUCCCAAGUCUACCCAGGGGGCCAGGAAGCAGCAGCAAUGCAAGGUGGCCGCGCCUUGCGCGCGAGCGAUCGGCUCUUGGCUGCCCCUACCGUGGCCGAGGCCGUGGAGAGCUUGGUCCGGGCAUGGCGGCAGGUGAGGGUGGAGCUGCUCGUGCCGCUGCUUAGAGGUGCGGUGGUGAUGUGCGUGGUGCUGUCGGUGAUCGUGCUGGCGGAGAAGGUGUUCCUCGGGGUGGUCAGCUCGGUGGUGAAGGUGCUCCGCCGGCGGCCGUCGAGGCUGUACAGGUGCGAUCCCGUCGUGGAGGACAAGGAGGCUGGCUCGGCGUCCUUCCCCAUGGUUCUUGUCCAGAUCCCAAUGUACAACGAGAAAGAGGUGUACCAGCUAUCAAUAGGGGCCGCAUGCAGGCUCACAUGGCCGGCAGAUCGGUUGAUAGUGCAAGUCCUGGACGACUCCACCGACGCCAUCGUCAAGGAGCUGGUGAGGAAGGAGUGCGACAAGUGGGGCAAGAAGGGGAUCAACAUCAAGUACGAGACGCGCAAGGACAGGGAAGGGUACAAGGCCGGCAACCUCAAGGAAGGGAUGCGGCACGGGUACGUGCAGGGCUGCGAGUUCGUCGCCAUGUUCGACGCCGACUUCCAGCCGGCGCCGGACUUCCUCCUCAAGACGGUGCCGUUCCUCGUCCACAACCCCCGCCUCGCGCUCGUGCAGACGCGGUGGGAGUUCGUGAAUGCUAACGACUGCUUGCUGACGAGAAUGCAAGAGAUGUCAAUGGACUACCACUUCAAGGUCGAGCAGGAGGCCGGCUCCUCGCUCUGCAACUUCUUUGGCUACAAUGGAACUGCUGGAGUGUGGAGAAGGCAGGCGAUCGAUGAAUCCGGCGGCUGGGAGGACCGAACUACUGCUGAAGAUAUGGACCUGGCACUGAGAGCAGGACUGCUGGGCUGGCAGUUUGUCUAUGUUGGUAGCAUCAAGGUUAAGAGUGAGUUGCCGAGCACCUUGAAAGCUUAUCGGUCCCAACAGCAUCGCUGGUCAUGUGGACCUGCACUCCUGUUCAAGAAAAUGUUCUGGGGAAUAAUCGCUGCCAAGAAAGUCUCGGUCUGGAAGAAGAUAUACAUGACAUAUGAUUUCUUCAUCGCACGGAGAAUCAUAUCGACGUUCUUCACCUCCUUCUUUUUCAGCGUACUGCUUCCCAUGAACGUUUUCUUUCCAGAGGUGCAGAUUCCGUUGUGGGAGCUGAUCUUCAUCCCUGCAGCUAUUACUCUUCUCAGUUCAGUUGGGACUCCGAGGUCAAUCCAUUUGAUCGUACUUUGGUUCUUAUUUGAGAAUGUUAUGGCACUGCACCGGCUGAAAGCCACCAUGAUCGGAUUUCUUGAGGCUGGAAGGGCAAACGAAUGGAUCGUCACACAAAAGUUGGGAAAUGUCCACAAGCUCAAAUCUAUUGUCAGAGUUACCAAGAGUUGCCGUUUCAAAGAUAGGUUCCACUGCCUUGAGCUAUUGAUUGGUGGGCUGCUUCUGAUAUCUGCAUGCUACGACUACCUGUACAGAGAUGAUAGUUUUUACAUCUUUGUUCUGCCCCAGUCGAUUAUGUAUUUUGCAAUUGGAUUUGAAUUCAUGGGUGUCAGUGUCUCUAGUUAGAUCAAGACAGAGCAAAAGCAAGACCUGCUCAGGAACCAGGUUCAUGUUAAAGCAGUCAAUUGGGGGCACUUGUCUUUUGCAUGUGACUUGUGAGAGGAAAAAGAACACUGCUGCAUUGGAGAGCUUGGACAAAUUGUUCAGAGCAUAUGGGAGAUAAGAACAUAGUGAUCAAGCAGAAAAUCAUCUAGUCUUCUCGACGUAUUAAAAGGGGCGUCACUGAAGAAUGGCUUCACAUAUUAUGUAACUUAGCAUGUUAAUAGUGGCAAUUAUCAUUUCAAUGCUACAGAUAUUGUAGCCCAAUAUUUUACCGGGUCGACAAAGGAAAAUUUUACUCGUAUACUCUUCAUUCAUUGAAGGGAGGUUGGUGACGUCUAUAGGAGCGGCA